CUCUAAUGUCCAUCAUCUGAUCUGCAGAAGGAGUCCGUUAUUCUCUGACAGUCAUGUUAUCCCUCUGCCUGAUGGUGUUCCCUGUCUUUAUUUGUUUGUCUUCUGCUGAUGAAAAGGUGUGCUAUGGCGGUACUUAUGUCUUGCCUCGUGAACAUGUACAUGUUUAUAAUCAGAAGGUUGUCUUUGUUCCAAGUAACGGAGGAGCCACAAAAGUGGUAAAAGGUAAAGGGGAGGUAAUGGACCCUCGCUUCAGGCUGACCCUUGGGGGUGGAGUAGAGAUGCAAGAUUUGACAGAACAAGAUAAUGGAGAAUUUUUCAUGAAAUUUGGUUUUACUGAUGCUCUGAUUAGUAUCGUCACCCUGAGGAUAAUAGAUUGUCACGAAGCCACAACUAGGGACUAUGGGAGUAGCUUCACGUUGAAUCUUCCUGGAUUAGCUCAAUACCUUGAGUUUACUCCUGCUGAAAAACUGGACCUGGUGACAGUCAUCUGGAAUCGCACCGAUCCGAAGAGAGGCAGGGGAUCAGUAAACAGAUACUACAACUGGGAAUUAACUGAUGCCACUCAGGAAGACAAUGGCUACUACAAGUUCAGGGGGAAAUACAACAGAUUGCUGGGUUGGGAGAAGCUGGUAGUAAAAGAGAAGCAAAUAGAUCUUCAUCCACGUAGGGGCAAGCGACUCCUCAUAAAAUAUCAUCAGAUUACUUCUAUUUGGACCAUCAUCUUUGAACCUGUGGGGAAACCAGCAAGCCAUACACUGAUGAAAAAAGGCACUCCUCAAUGGAAUGAGGAACCGUUUGAAGGGAGACUUCAUUUCAUAAACAAUGCAAUCAUCAUUGAACCUGUACAAUAUCAAGACUCUGGCACCUUUGAAUUCAGAGACAAGAAAGAUAACCUGGUCCAGCGUGUGACAGUGGAGGUGAACAUGGAUUUCACAGAAGAAGCAGUUCCGCUGCCAGCAGUCUUUUUCUUUGUUGUCAUUCCCAGUGGGGUGGUUGUCUGCUGUUGUUGUAUUAAAAAGUGCUGUUGUAAAAAGAGCUCCCCUAAAAGGAACAGCCCUUCUCCUGAGACGACAGCAGCACCAACAGAUGCUGUAGUCCCAGCAGCGCCCACUGUGUAUCACCAUGGUUCGACUCAACCUACAGGCCGUGGUCGGUAUAGUACCUCCCCAGUGCCCAUGAACCUCCCUGUCUACAGAGAACCUACCUCUGGUGGUCCACUGGUUACAGCUCCAGGAGGUUCGGGGGCCACUCCAUCUCUGUCAAAAGGCUCUAAUUUCUUCUCCUCUGACUCUGAUCCAAAGUUUGUGCUGGAACAGUCGUCCUUUGGUUCUGCUCCCCCUCUCGACUCGGACACAACCAUUUCUGAUGUGUACACUUCAGGUAAGUUGAGCUUAUCUGGAAUCCACACAUCAGUAGAAGGAGAACACAGCACAGCCAUCACUGAUGUGUACACCUCAGAUAAACUCAACUUUAAGUUUUAAAUGAAAUAUCAGCUACACUGUUUUUACAGACACAGACUUAAGUCAGUGGGAUUCUUUUUUAAAUCCACAUACACAACAGGAUCAGAGUAUUUUGAGGCAGCGCAGUAUUAAAUAUUCUUUUUAUUAUCACAUAACUCUAUCUGCUCUAAUUCCUAGAACUAAUAAGAAUGUGGUCCACAAUUAUAGCCCCGCCCAUCUGUCUGUCUGAGAUUUUUGCCCAACUGAUUUCUCGAAGACUUUUCACCCAAUUCCUUUUAAAUUUGUAUUGUGUUUGUAUGUAAUUUCCCAG